CACCCGCGUAGCCGUUGAUGAUAACAACCAUUGGAUAAGAGAGAGAAAAUAUAGAAAGAGACAGGAGACAGAGAGUCUGCUUUUGCAGCUCAUUUGGAGAAGAAGAAAGAGAAAGAAUAAUGGCCUCUUCAACCUCUGCAUUCACAGCCAACAUUCCUUUCCUUAACAAAUCACACUCUCACUCUCAGUCUCGCUUUGUACCCAAAGCUUCUCUCAACAACGUCCACCUACCCCACCACCACAGCCUUAAUCGCAGACAAUUCUUAUCCCAAACAGCCACUGUGUCACUCCCUUUACUUUCGUCCCCUCUGAUAAUCCAGCAACCCGCAAAUGCCGAAGAGACCCUUUCAGAAUGGGAGAGAGUUUACCUCCCUAGCGACCCUGGAGUUGUCCUUCUUGACAUCGCAUUUGUCCCUGAUGACAUGAACCACGGUUUCCUUCUGGGUACUAGGCAAACCAUCUUGGAGACGAAGGACGGCGGAAACACUUGGGUUUCGCGCUCCAUACCAUCAGCUGAAGAUGAGGAUUUCAAUUACAGAUUCAAUUCCAUUAGUUUUAAAGGGAAAGAAGGUUGGAUUGUUGGCAAACCAGCCAUUUUGUUGUACACCUCUGAUGCUGGAGAUAGUUGGCAAAGGAUACCUCUCAGUGCUCAACUUCCUGGAGAUAUGGUAUAUAUAAAAGCUACUGGAGAAAAAAGUGCUGAGAUGGUGACUGACCAAGGUGCAAUUUAUAUCACAUCCAACGGGGGAUACAAUUGGAGGGCUGCAGUUCAAGAGACUGUUUCAGCUACUCUAAAUAGAACAGUAUCUAGUGGUAUUAGUGGCGCAAGUUACUAUACAGGAACCUUUAAUACUGUCAACCGCUCUCCAGAUGGAAACUAUGUUGCUGUCUCAAGCCGUGGUAACUUCUAUUUGACAUGGGAACCUGGCCAGCCAUUCUGGCAGCCACAUAACAGAGCUGUUGCGAGACGAAUUCAGAACAUGGGAUGGAGAGCUGAUGGUGGUUUGUGGCUUCUUGUCCGAGGAGGGGGACUUUAUCUCAGUAAAGGGACUGGAAUUUCAGAGGAUUUUGAAGAAAUUUCAGUGCAAAGUCGGGGUUUCGGGAUUCUAGAUGUUGGAUAUCGUUCAAAGGAUGAGGCUUGGGCUGCAGGGGGCAGUGGGAUUCUGCUGAGAACUACCAAUGGUGGCAAAACAUGGACUCGCGAUAAAGCAGCUGAUAGUAUUGCUGCAAAUCUCUAUUCAGUGAAGUUUAUCAAUGAUAGCAAGGGUUUUGUGUUGGGAAAUGAUGGUGUGUUGCUUCGAUAUCUUGGAUAAAAGUCUAAGUUUCUUAUGAUGACUGGUUGUUAAUGAUGUUGCAAUUUUGUAUGCUGUUUGGUAACUAUUGCUGUAAAGAGAAGAAGAAAGUUUCUUGUAUGUCAUAAUUGUAUUUGACUAUUUUAUAUGUGAAUGUUGCAUUUCAGGUAGUAAAUAUUGUUCUUCAUAGGAAUAUUUACAUGAACAAUUCAUGAUCCAUUUCCUUACAUAUAAACUUGGAAAUGCCGAAGGUGAUUUCUACUA